AUGCCUUCCCAAGCAGCUCUCCUCAUCGGAGCUAUCACGCACUCGCGCAAGGAGUGGGAGAGUCUCUCCUCAAUCCUGAACCUCAAGGAAUUCCCUAGUGGUACCCGAGAGGAGUUCAUCAAGAACUGCAAGGCAGGACACUAUGACGAUGUGGUCGCGAUCUACCGAUCUAACACCUCUAAUAAGUACACCGGAAACUUCGAUGCCGAGCUGCUCGCCGUGUUGCCCCAGUCCGUCAAGUAUAUUUGCCACAAUGGUGCCGGGUAUGACAAUCUCGAUGUGGCAACCUGUUCGCAGAAGAAUAUUGCCGUCUCAAGCACCCCCGUUGCAGUAAACAAUGCCACUGCCGACGUGGGCAUCUUCCUCAUGAUUGGUGCGCUUCGCCAGGCUUAUGUCCCGCAGGCUGCUCUUCGCGCUGGCACUUGGCAAGGACAGGCAACUCUGGGCAAUGACCCCCGGGGCAAGGUCUUGGGAAUCUUGGGCAUGGGUGGAAUUGGACGGGAAAUGGCUGUGAGGGCCAAGGCAUUUGGCAUGAAGAUCCAAUACCACAACCGCUCCCAGCUCCCAGCGGAAUUGGAGGGUGGAGCCACAUAUGUUUCGUUCGAUGAACUUCUGGCCAAUGCCGAUGUUCUCAGCUUGAACCUGGCACUGAACGCGUCGACACGGCAUAUUAUUAGCGCAAAGGAGUUUGGAAAAAUGAAGGAUGGAGUCGUGAUUGUCAACACGGCACGUGGAGCUUUGAUCGAUGAGAAGGCGCUGGUCGCAGCGAUCGAGUCUGGCAAGAUUCGCUCUGCUGGUCUGGACGUGUAUGAGAACGAACCCGCGAUCGAGCCUGGUCUGGUGAACAACACGCGGGUCAUGCUGCUGCCGCAUAUUGGUACCAUGACCUAUGAGACACAGAAGGAGAUGGAGAUCCUGGCAGACGGAAAGCGCCAUCAGCAUCCCGAAGGCCUUCGACACCUCCACGCCAAAUCCUUCAAGAUGGUCCGUUACGCCGCACAGGAGAUCGAAAACGCGAAGAGCGCCCGCGCUCGGGGCUCUUACCUCCGUGUUAGCUUCAAGAACACCCGCGAGACCGCCCAGGCCGUCAACGGUAUGAAGCUGCAGAAGGCUCUGACCUACCUCGACAACGUCCAGAAGCACACCAUGGCCAUUCCCAUGCGCCGUUACAACGGCUCUACUGGUCGCACCGGUCAAGCGAAGGCUCAUGGCACCGACCGUGCCCGCUGGCCUGUGAAGUCAGCUCAGUUCAUCACUGAUCUGCUCAAGAACGCCGAGGCCAACGCCGAUACCAAGGGUCUCGACACCAGCAACCUGGUUAUCUCCCGCAUCCAGGUCAACCAGGCUCCCAAGGGCCGCCGCCGUACUUACCGUGCCCACGGUCGUAUCAACCCCUACAUGACCAACCCCUGCCACAUCGAGUUGAUCCUCACCGAGGCCAACGAGGCUGUCAAGAAGGCCCCCAAGGAGGACAAGGUUCGCCUGUCUUCCCGCCAGCGUGGCUCCCAGAUCCGCCAGGCUCUCAUUGAGGCAUAA